AAGAUGGGUGGAAGUGCAAUUUUAAGUGAGGAUUGGGAAUUCACCAACAAUGAAGCUCGGACAGUGGUUCUAAUUGGACGUACUGGUGAUGGAAAGAGUUCGACUGGCAAUAGCAUUCUUGGGAAAAAGAUAUUUAGGUCAAUACCUCAAUCUGCUGGAGUUACAGCUACUUGUGAGGUUCAAAGUACCCAAUUGCCAAAUGGACAAAUACUAGAUGUGAUCGACACGCCUGGUUUGUUUGAUUUUUCAGAUGAUACAGAAAUGAUUGGAAAUGAAAUUGUUAAGUGCAUUGAUUUGGCUAAAGAUGGCCUUCAUGCUGUUCUAUUAGUUCUUUCUGUAAGAGGUCGCUUUUCAAGAGAACAUCAAGCAGCUAUCGAGAGUUUUCAACAUUUUUUUGGUAACAAAAUUAGUGACUACAUGAUUGUGGUAUUCACUGGUGGAGAUGAUCUUGAAGACCAAGAUGUGACUUUGGAUGCUUACUUAGGCACCGACUGCCCUGAGCCUUUGCAGGAAGUGCUUGCUAUAUGUCAAAAUAGGGUAGUGCUUUUCGACAAUAGGACUAAAGACCCAAACAAGAAAGCAGAUCAACUAAAAGAGCUUCUUGAACAAGUGAAUUUAGUUGUGGAAAAGAAUGGUGGAAAACCAUAUACGAACGAUUUGUUCAAGGAAUUCAAGAAGGAAAAGGUUGAUUCUUCAUUAGGACAUUCUAAGGAAGACAUAGAUGGAUUGAAGGACCAAGUGCAGAGAUCUCAUGAAGAGCAAAUUAGACGAAUUACUGAAAUGGUAGAGUCGAAGCUCAAUGAGACCAUACAAAGGCUAGAUAAGCAAUUAGAGGAGGAACGUUCUGCUAGGCUUGCGGCUGAACAAAAUGCUAAAGAAGCUCAAGAGAAAUCAGAGAAUGAGAGUCGUGAGCUGAAAGAUCAACUUGAGAAGCGAUUAGAGGAGGAACGUUCUGCUAGGCUUGCGGCUGAACAAAAUGCUAAAGAAGCUCAAGAGAAAUCAGAGAAUGAGAGUCGUGACCUGAAAGAUCAACUUGAGAAGCAAUUAGAGGAGGAAAGUUCUGCUAGGCUUGCGGCUGAACAAAAUGCUAAAGAAGCUCAAGAGGAAUCAGAGAACAAGAGUCGUGAGCUGAAAAAUCAACUUGAGAGCGCCCGUAGAGAAAUUAAUGAACUCCGUGAUCGGUGCAAUAUUUUGUAA